AUGACUCAAAUUAAUGAAAUAGGAGAAUCCCAUACGAUUAUGGAAAAGCAUAUGGAGUGUGGAUCAGGAAGAUGCAUGAGUAUUCAGGCGAUGCAAGCUCUUUUUGAGUUAAAAGAAAACAAUCAACUUUGCGAUGCGACUAUAGUUUUAGAUGACGGAGCGGAAAUUCCAGUACAUAGAGCAAUACUCUGCGCUUGCAGUUCUUAUUUCAGGGCUCUGUUUACCACCACGCUACAUAACAGAGAGAAACACAGAGUUCAUUUGCCAGGUGUAACGUCAGAAAUGCUUCAAAAACUUUUGGUGUACAUAUAUUUAAGAAAACUGGACAUAAAUCACGAAAAUGUAUAUUCUCUACUAAUCACUGCUGAUUAUUUAAGUAUAUUGGGAGUGCUAGAACUUUGUUGUAAAUUCCUGAAAGAGAAUCUAACACCAAAAAAUUGUAUUGGUAUACUUAAAUUUGCAAAGAAUUACUUCUGUACAGAUUUAGCAAACGAUACAUGGAAAUACAUUAUGCGAAAUUUUGCUGAAAUUGCAAAUGAAAGUAACGAAAUUUUAGCUUUGUCUUUUCCUGAAAUUCAAGAGAUUAUUAAUUCGGAUGAUUUGAAUGUGAAAAGUGAAGAUAUAGUAUGGGAGUUAGUUUUAAAAUGGAUAGACCAAGAUCCUGAAGGAAGAAAGAAACAUAUUGUCGCUUUAAUGAAAUGUAUACGAUUGGGGUUAUUGGAUACACAAUUUUUUCUUGAAAGAGUGAAAGAACAUCCUUAUGUGUCUAGUUCAGAGGAGAGUAGACCAAUGAUUAUAGAAACUCUCAAAUUUCUCUAUGAUUUGGAGAUGAUAACGCACAGAGAUGGUGAAGUGAUAACUCCAGAAAUAGCACGUCCGAGAGUGCCGCAUGAAAUUCUUUUUGCCAUCGGAGGCUGGAGCGGAGGGUCUCCUACAAAUUUUAUUGAAACCUACGAUACAAGAGCCGAUCGUUGGGUGAAAGUUGAAGAAGUUGAUCCGACUGGACCAAGAGCCUACCAUGGAACGGCUGUGGUAGGUUUCAAAAUAUACGUCAUCGGAGGAUUCGAUGGCAUGGACUACUUCAAUUCAUGUCGAUGUUUUGACGCAGUUACAAAAUGUUGGAAAGAAAUUGCCCCUAUGCACGGCAGAAGGUGUUACGUUAGUACAGCUGUAUUGGGAGAUUUAAUUUAUGCUAUGGGAGGAUAUGAUGGACAUCAUAGGCAAAAUACUGCAGAAAAAUAUGAUCAUAAAACUAAUCAAUGGUCUCUGAUAGCUCCCAUGAAUAUGCAGAGAUCAGAUGCUAGUGCAUGUAAUUUAAACGGUAAAAUUUAUAUCACCGGAGGAUUUAACGGUCAAGAAUGUAUGCAUUCGGCAGAGGUUUAUGACCCAGAAUUUAACCAAUGGUCUUUAAUAAGCCCUAUGAGAUCCAGAAGAUCGGGUGUUUCUUGUAUGGCUUAUCAUAACCAAGUGUACGUUAUAGGUGGAUUCAAUGGUAUUUCUAGAAUGUGCAGUGGAGAAAAGUUCAAUCCGCAAACUAACACUUGGUCACCAAUACCUGAUAUGUACAAUCCGAGAAGUAAUUUUGCCGUUGAGGUAGUUGAUGACAUGAUAUUUGCGAUUGGUGGAUUCAAUGGAGUGACUACGAUAUAUCAUGUAGAAUGUUAUGAUGAAAAAACUAACGAAUGGUACGAAGCUACCGACAUGAACAUCUACAGAUCAGCUUUGUCGGCUUGUGUUAUUGAUGGCCUACCAAAUGUUCAAGAUUAUAUACAUAAACACAGGGACCGUUUGAUGGAGGAGAAACGUCAGAAAUUAAUAGCUCUGGAAAACCAACGGAACACAAUGGGCGUGCAGAACUUCAAUAACAAUAACCAUCAAGAAAAUAUAGCAGCAGCUGUAAAUGCAAAUAUGCAACAACUAAACAUUCUACAGCAGCUGAAUGCAAAUCUAAAUCCAGCUCUACCUCCAGUUCCUGUACAAAAUCCUGUACAAAAUCCCAUACAAAUGGACGUAGAUGAGGAUGAUGCAGAAGAGCAACAAUUAAUAUAA